AUGCCAAGACCCGCAGGUGGUUCAACCGCGCCAUCACGUCUGGACCCUUACAUGGGCGACGCGUGGGCGGUGCACUACGCCUUCGAGCUGCAGCAGGGGACCGACGUUGAGCGAACGGACGUUCUCGGCAGGUGUGUGGCGGCCGAUCCUUCCCACGGGGAGCUGUGGAAGUCAAUAUCCAAGACAAACACCACCGAAAAACAGCGGUUCGACAAGGCCAGCAUCCUCAGGAAGGUCGUAGCCGCCUACUUUUCCGGCAACGGUGUAGUGGUCGUCAUUCCACGAGGCCCAACAAGCACUGGCUAG